AUGACCUUCGGGCGCGGCGGGGCGGCCUCGGUGGUGCUGAACGUGGGCGGCGCCCGGUACUCGCUGUCCCGGGAGCUGCUCAAGGACUUCCCGCUGCGCCGUGUGAGCCGGCUGCACGGCUGCCGCUCGGAGCGCGACGUGCUCGAGGUGUGCGACGACUACGACCGGGAGCGCAACGAUACUUCUUUCGACCGGCACUCUGAGGCCUUCGGCUUCAUCCUGCUGUACGUGCGCGGCCACGAGCUGCGCUUCGCGCCGCGGAUGUGCGAGCUCUUUUACAACGAGAUGAUCUACUGGGGCCUGGAGGGCGCGCACCUGGAGUACUGCUGCCAGCGCCGCCUAGACGACCGCAUGUCCGACACCCACACCUUCCACGCGGCAGACGAGCUGGGCCGCGAGCAGGCUCGCCCGGCGGGGUCCGAGGCGGCUCCCUCCCGGCGCUGGCUGGAGAGAAUGCGGCGCACCUUCGAGGAGCCCACGUCGUCGCUGGCCGCGCAGAUUCUGGCCAGCGUGUCCGUGGUGUUCGUGAUCGUGUCCAUGGUGGUGCUGUGCGCCAGCACGCUGCCCGACUGGCGCGCAGCGGCCGCCGACAACCGCAGCCUGGAUGGGAGCAGGUACUCCGCCGGCCCUGGGAGGGAGCCCUCCGGGAUAAUUGAAGCUAUCUGCAUAGGCUGGUUCACCGCGGAGUGCAUCGUGAGGUUCAUCGUCUCCAAAAACAAGUGUGAGUUUGUCAAGAGACCCCUGAACAUCAUUGACUUGCUGGCAAUCACGCCCUAUUACAUCUCUGUGCUAAUGACAGUGUUUACAGGCGAGAACUCGCAGCUCCAGAGGGCUGGAGUCACCUUGAGGGUGCUCCGAAUGAUGCGGAUCUUCUGGGUGAUUAAGCUCGCCCGGCACUUCAUUGGUCUGCAGACGCUGGGUUUGACUCUCAAGCGAUGCUAUCGAGAGAUGGUUAUGUUACUUGUCUUCAUCUGUGUUGCCAUGGCAAUCUUUAGUGCACUUUCUCAGCUUCUUGAACACGGGUUGGACCUGGAAACAUCCAACAAGGACUUCGCCAGCAUCCCUGCUGCCUGCUGGUGGGUGAUUAUCUCCAUGACUACAGUUGGCUAUGGAGAUAUGUAUCCUAUCACAGUGCCUGGAAGAAUUCUUGGAGGAGUUUGUGUUGUCAGUGGGAUUGUUCUGUUGGCAUUACCGAUCACUUUCAUCUACCAUAGCUUUGUGCAGUGUUAUCACGAGCUCAAGUUUAGAUCGGCUAGAUAUAGCAGGAGCCUCUCGGCUGAGUUCCUGAAUUAA